AUGAGGUCCUCUCAAGAAAAAGAUGAAUUUGAAAUAGACCACCUGGACAAUAUCGAAGCCAACACACCCGGUACUGAGUUUACCGAUCAUGAAAAGAAAAAGAUCAUCCGACGAGUCGAUAGACGUCUUGUUACCAUGUGCGGUCUCACAGCCUGCGUCAGUUUGAUGGACCGAACGAACAUCUCUAGUGCCGCAAUUGCGGGCAUGAACGAAGACCUGCAGUUAACCCAGGACAACCGAUACUCGGUAGUGGUGCUGGUGUUCUUCAUCACAUAUGUUCUUGGGCAAGCACCUGCUACAGCCACCGUGCGCCACUUCGGCGCAAGAUGGUUCUUAUCAACCCUUGUCCUGUUAUGGGGAGUUACCAUGAUUGCCUUUGGCUUCCUGCAUACUUGGCAACAGAUGACAGCCCUUCGCUUGCUCCUCGGUCUUUUUGAAGGCGGGUUCUUCCCUGGCAUCAUCUUCCUGCUUUCGACUUGGUAUGUUCGGUACGAGUUACAGAAGCGAUAUGCAGGAUACUAUAUUAUUGGAAUGGUUGCAUCGGCAUUCUCCGGCAUUCUUGCCUUCGGCCUGACCAAAAUGCAAGGCGUUGGAGGCCUAGACGGCUUCCGCUGGAUUUUCAUCAUAGAGGGGAUCCUGACGUGCCUUGUGGGCGGUCUCUGCUACGCCUUUCUGCCCGAUUUUCCUGAUUAUGAAUGCAAGUCGAUUUCCAGAAUGAGUUUCCUCAGCCGUGCCGAGUGCAUGUUCAUGAUCCACCGUGUCCAGCAAGACCGAGGCGACCAAGACAUGGAGGAAUUUCGAUGGGCCAAGUUCUUCGCGCCAGCCUUGGACUUGAAGAUAUGGGCGUUCGCCAUUAUAUUCUGCGCCGCUACAGCAGUGUGUUACUCCGUCGCCUACUUUCUUCCAAUUAUAUUGUCGGGAAGCAUGGGCUUUAGUGUGGGCGCAUCUCAGUGCCUAGUUGCACCUCCCUAUGUCUUUGCUGGGAUUGUGAUGGCUGCCGAGGCCUGGAUUGGAGAUCGUUACCACAUCCGCGGUCCAAUCAUUGUGGCCAACUGCCUCAUGGCUGUCUGUGGACUUGCCCUGAUGGCCUAUGGGCAGUCAGCCGUAGUUCAGUUCGUCGGUUGCUUCUUGCUCACGGCUGGAGGCAAUUCGAGUAUCCCAUCUAUUCUUACUUACCAGGCGAACAACAUCAGAGGCCAAUGGAGCCGGGCUUUCUCCAGCGCCUCAAUUGUUGGCUUCGGUGGUAUCGGUGGAAUUGUGGGCGGGCUAAUAUUUCGUACCCAGGAUGCACCACGCUAUAUUCCUGGCACUUGGGCAAGCAUUGGUCUGAUGCUGCUGGUAGUAGCACUUGUCGCUGCUCUCAGUAUCUACUUUCGUCUACAAAACAAGCGGGCAGACAGAGGGGAGAUAGUUCUGGAGGGCCAUGAAGGGUUCCGGUAUACCAUCUAA